AUGUUCGUUCUCCGAAAUGUGGGGAAACUCAUUUUUGGGGACGGGUCCAAGGAAUCCAUGAUCGAAAUUGCUCAGGGACAACUUUAUCUUGUUCGCCCGCGGUCUAUGAAAGGUUAUUCAGAGCUUAUAUUCAAAGACGGUGCCGCACGAAUUCGGAAGACGAACCAGGAAUUCCAAUACCAACUUGUUAUACAGAGAGCAUACGAGGAAGGCGAAGAGGAACUUUUGGACGAGGAAGACGCUGAAUCAGCUACGUUGGCUGGGGAACGAGACGAGAAAACGUUUCUGCUCGACGAGGAGCUUCAUUUCCGAUCAGAGAUCCGCGAAGGGGGAGAAAAGGUUCUAGCCUGGCGGGAUCUAAGUGGCGACGCAGGAGAUCUUUACGAAUUCGUUUGCGACACAUCGGUGGAAGAAGCUCAAGUGCAAGCCUUUGAACUUACCGCUGUACGCUGCCAGUACGAGCGGAAGCAUCGUAAGAACCACACAACCGCCACCACGCAAGAUCUUGCGCAAUUUACCUUCGUCGACGAACCUCCGAUACCCAGUGCGAGCCCUGUACAGAGCCCAUCUUAUAGUCCGGAAACACUCUCGCCUGUUCACACGAUGCCUCUCAACGCUAGAAGUACAGCAGACUCUGCUUUGAAGCGAGAUGUCUCUCCUCUGAGAUCGAGGAAGCAGCGGUCACCUUCUCCAAUCGACGAAGGGCCUACGGCAGCACCGCCAGUGGCUGCCCACCCCGAGCCACGAUCUAUUCUUGGGGAGGAGUCUGGAGAGCUUCAUCUAUUCGACUUCCAAUCUGGCUCCUUCAUUAUUCAGGAUGCUGCUGUAUCCGCCACGGUGUCGGAGGUUGGUAACUGGCAUUAUUGGCUGCAAAUUGCUAGCAAAGACCGGGAUUGGCUUGGACAAAGCAUCAUUGCAGACAUUAACCCAGUCUUCAGCUUCGAAUAUUUGUCUUGCAUUUUCAACGCCUAUUCCGAAAAUGGCGAUGCAUACUCUUGGCUAUUGCGGUUCAAAGAUGAGGCGACAUUGACGCGGUUCCAAGAAGCUCUAAUGCAGGCCUUGUGGGAGCAGUUGAAUGAGAUAAAAUGGAACAAAACGAAGGACGACGAUCGCGACUAUGUUCUCGAAGCUUUCCAGGAUUUAGCAAUGGACGAUGCGGAAGACCCAGCCGAGGAAGAAGAAUAUGAAGAAGAGGAGCUAGAAGACGAUGCUCAGCGAAAAGAGGAGUACGAUACCGAUGAGGAGGACGAUGACAUCGGAGGAGUUCCGGACGACGGAAAUGUGAACUCACAGCUGGCAGUUGGAUACAAACACGACCGGUCUUUUGUCGUUCGAGGAUCAAAAAUAGGAGUAUUCAAGCAUACACCAAACAACAAUCUGGAAUUCUCAACAAACAUCUCAAAGGUUGAAACACCAGGUGGCAAACUCUUCAACCCUAAGAAGGUUAUGUUGCACGCAGAAGACACCAAUAUGAUUUUACAAAAUGAAGGCGAUCCAAAUUCCCUCUACCGAAUGGAUCUGGAGUACGGAAAGAUUGUGGACGAGUGGAAGGUGCACGACGAUAUACCCGUCAACACAUUUGCACCCGAGAGCAAGUUUGCUCAGAUGACUGGGGAGCAAACGUUCCUGGGCUUAUCUCGAAAUGCCUUGUACCGCAUUGAUCCCCGUCUAGCUGGCAACAAGCUUGUCGACUCUGAACUCAAGCAAUAUGUUUCCAAAAACGACUUCUCCGCUGCAGCAACAACCGAUAAGGGAUACAUUGCAGUUGCUAGCAACAAAGGUGACAUUCGUAUGUUCGAUCGCCUCGGCAUCAACGCCAAAACUCACAUUCCGGCUCUUGGUGAACCAAUUAUUGGUCUCGAUGUCAGUGCUGACGGGAGAUGGGUUCUAGCAACAUGCAGAACAUAUCUACUCCUCAUCGACGCUCUGCAGAAAACCGGGAAGAAUGAGGGCAAGUUGGGUUUCGAGAAGUCGUUUGGCAAAGACUCUAAACCCCAGCCUCGCCGACUUGGUCUGACCCCAUCUCACGUCGCCCAGUUUCAACACGAAACUGGUGCACCGCUGUCAUUCACAACUGCUCGCUUUAACACUGGUGAAGGCAUCUCAGAGACCUCUAUCAUCACUGCAACGGGACCUUUCAUUGUCACCUGGAACAUGAAGAAGGUUCUCCGCGGCAGUAAAGAUCCAUACAGUAUUAAGCGUUACGCUGAGGAAGUGAAAGCUGAUAAUUUCAAAUACGGCAGCGACAAAAAUGUCAUCGUUGCUUUGCCGAAUGAAGUUAAUAUGGUGGCUAAGCAAUCCUUCAAGAAGCCCACAAGGGAGAGCAUUAUGAAUCCUGCUCAAAUUCGCCUCGGCGGCCGGAGAAGCGAUGCUGGCCGAUUAGGCACGAGAGAGAGUUCAAACUAUAAGCUGGGCAAGGACGAUAUCGUUGAAUCCCCUUAUUAG